AUGCCUCCUAUCCAUAACACUAAUGGUGUUACUAUUUUCUUAUUAGUUCCUCUCCAAAAGUUUAACGCCGUUUUAGAUAAUGAUUCAUCAGUAUAGGAUCCUUUCGUUGACCCCGCGUUGCGUAUACGCAUUCUUCUCGCGCGUAUUCUUACUUUUGAUGCUCAACCCCGAUCCUUGCUUCUAAAGUUAAUCUUCUAGCCCCUAAUCUAACUGGCAUAUGUCUGACAAAAAUGGAUCCGGGCUACGAAGCCUGGGUCUAGGUGGAGUCUUCAAAUCUUUGACCAACUCUUUGAAACCUGCUUCGGGGAGAGUACCCGUGGUGAUUAAUGCCAAGGUCGUUGGAGGUGCAUCUGAUUUGCAAAAGCUCUUGAACCAACUCCAGCAUAACGCACUCCCUCUACGAGUUUCGGCUGCUAUGGAGAUUACGAAAUCUCUAAGAAUAUACUCUGUGUCAUCUAUUCCCGAAAUAUGGUAUCUCGCCAGAGAUCUAUGUGACCUGAGACUCGCAUCUUCCGUGCGGGAGGUGGCUAUAACCUUGAUGAUUCAAUGCAUCAAGCAUGACUCUCCCGAAGCCAGCAGCAGAAUCAUGUACUUUAGAGAUAUUUUAACGUUUUGCAAGAUCACUGAAACAAACUUAGAUCCUGAGUUCAAUUUGUUUUUCGAGGCAUUGAGGUUGUUAACAGAUGACGGGAGAGAUAUACAUGAUUUCUGCAUCUACAGUCACGAUCUGAAUUGGUUCAAGCUCAUAACAAAAUCCUUUGUUUCAAUGAAGUACUUGUGUGAUCUGAAGAGGACACAGAAUGUCAGUCUUGACAUCAUUUUGAGUUUCGCUCAGUAUCUAUGCAACUGUUUCAAAUUUAACUUCUCGAUUCUUGACGAGACCUUUACCGCGUUCAUAUUACAAGGUGUCUUUCACAUCGCAUCAAGUUCAGAAGAGCCAUCUUUAAAGUUUGCCUUGUGUGAACUUGUACGCACAAUUGCCAUCUUUGCAUUCAUUCCUGCCGAUACCUAUACGACGGUAGUCUUCUUUCUAUGCUCGAUGGCUCCAAGAAGUCUGAAGCUACUCAGCAUUUCCUGGGAAGCCAUGUCAAAAUUGUUCUAUGUAUCUCCUUUAUAUGCCUUGGAUGCUACAAUGAGCAUUUUCCACGCCCCGGAAUUAGCUAGGUUCAGAGGGAGUGAUAUGAGCCUUGCUGAUUUGAAAGGCGUGCCUGGGUAUGAGUAUAUGUUGACAGCAUUGGGUGCGCUUUCUAUGUUGGAGAAUAUGCUUUUGUUAAAUGUCUUCAAUGAAGAUGUGGAGUCAUUUGAUAUACAGUACGAGUCUCUCUAUCAAGGCCUCGUGAACUGUUUACAAUUGAACAUAACAAUUCUCAAUACCGGGGCACUCAGAAUUUUUGACCAUAUGUUUUCAAUCUCCGAAGAAGAAGAGGACGAAGAAAAGAUGCAUCUUGAACAACGAUUCUCUAUUCUUUUUCCAUUCUACACUUGGUACGCAUCGUCGAAUUCAAUAUUUCUGCUUUUGCUAAAAUUGCGUGUGAACUGCUCACAAGACGAGAUCUAUUGGACAGCAAUAUGCUGCUCGAUUGAAGAAAGAAUGGUUUCGACAAACCUCAGCGUUCCGCUGGAUCAGUUGGUUGAGCUUUAUAUGCUAUACCCGCAUCUCCUCACUGAAUCAUUGAUUGAUUUCGUCUUAAAGUUUCACAAGGAUAAUGGCACAUGUGUCACAUCAAGCACGGCUUGGGAGAAGAGCUGCAAACAGAUAUUGUCGGCGUUUUAUUUUGGAAAACAACAAGCAAAGCAUCCCCCCAAUGUCCGAAUAAAUGUUUUGAGAUUUUUGAAAGAAGAGUACAAUAAGUCCAUGAUCCUUUUAAGUGACGAUUCCAUGGGUUUGGAAUUCGUUCUACUCAUCCUCCGACAGUCUUUGAUAGGUGAAGACGAGAGCGUGCUUCAUUUUUUCAUACACACUGUGCUUUAUGAUUUUCUUCUCACAUGUGGUUUCCCCUCCUUCAAAACUGUAUUGAAAGCUCUCAUGGCAUUUUUUGAUGGGUUCAAUGACUUGGAAACUAGUAAAAUUGAUACUAUUUUGGACUCAACUGGUCAUUUUGGGAGCAUCAAGAACCAAAAAUCAAUUGAAAGUUCUGCAAAGGUAAAUGCUGGAAAUAAUUUACCGAUUCAAAAAAUUGCAGAAUGUAUUGCGCAGCUUCUUAUUGAAUUGCUUCCUACUGAUUCUUUCAAAACUAAUGAAGCCUAUGACUGCUUAAUUAUCUUACUUCAUUGCACAAUUAAGAAAAAUGUACACAAGACACUGCUUGUUAUAAUCCGGGUUCUCAUUCGUCUACGCGCAACUUCGGAAGGAUUUCUCUACUUUGGCGAGCCCAAAGACAUGAACGGACUUGCAACAACUUUCAAAAGAAACACUUUAGAUGAGACAUAUACUGAAAAUCUCCAACAAUUGUGGCAUUUUCCUGAGAACAUGGAAUAUUUGCCCCGGAAAUUCUUUAAUCAGCCGAACGAACAUGUGUUAAGUCAUGUUGAAGAAAGAGGAGUUGCUCUGAUGCACCCCGAUGCUGUCUUUCUAGAUCUUUCUAAGUGGCUUGAUUUGGUGACUUUAAUUCUUGGAAAAAUUAUUCAUUGGGAGAUAUACUCUUUCAUAAUGGCUCAUCUCUGUUCGCAGCUCUUUAACUUGUCUCUUUUCUGGCAUCUUGAAAACCAUGUUUUGGCUAUACAAGAGAUUAUUUGCGAGCAAAUUACACUAAUUUUUCCCCCGGAUCUUUCGUUCCCACUACCUGGAAGUGAUUUAAACAAGUCGGAUUUGCAAAUUGCUCUGGUGAGAACACUCUCCUCUUUGUUGGGAUAUCACAAUCUUUUUCAAAAACAACAUGAAGAAAACAUGGUCAAAUCUUUGUUAUUUGGUUUGGGCUCAUGGCAAAAGUCAGCCGUUCCUUGUAUUCAUAUAUUGACAAUCUGCUGUUACGAAAUCCUGGAGACUUUGAAGAAAUACUUGAUACCUAUUUUGACAAAGUUGCAAACCGGAGUAACAAGCGUAUAUGCGAGCUCCUCGGCUCUCGAGUUUUUGAUGGCAUUAAUACAUGUUCCAUCUUUAACUUCCAACUUUACAACCGAUGAAUUCCGCCAGGUCUUCGCAAUUUGUUUCAGGUAUAUUGAACACUCACUUGAUACCAAAAAGAGAGGUUUCGAAGAGAAGGAAGAUAUUCAAAGAGAACGAUACUUAACCCACGGGGUCGAUGCCGAGGUGAACGUCAGAGCAUCUACACAUACCAUAGAGUUGACGCCGCUUUUCUACCAAUACUUAUUAGUCGUGUCAUAUGCAGUGAUAACGAGAUGGUUUCUACUAGUCAACUUAGCAGAAAGAUCCCUGAUAAGCUCUUUUAUCGUGAGGAACAUAAUAUCCUGCAGCGGAGCAAAAGAUAUUGAUCACCUUGAUGAUAUGACUGUUGCAUAUCUAGAUGCAAUAACCCGUUUCACUUACAGUAACAUACCCCUCAAAAUCGUGACCAAAACGAACUUGCCUUUUCGUGGAUCCAUGUGCAGAUGGAUUCUUGGGCACGCUAUUGUGGAAAUUAAUACCGACGUGAACAACGGAAACUCCAUUAUAGUUUUGAGACGGCCUUGUGGCCUAUCAGCUUUUGACUUGAGCUUAAAUCCCAAUAUGAUUUCAAAGAACAUGAGAGUGCAACCUGGAGAGGCAUUAAUGUUGCGCAGCCACUUGUUGUUGCAAUUAUUCAAACCAUUGGAUCAAGGAAAUGUUUCUAAGCCCAUAGCUUUGUUGGAUGACGCUUUUACAGAACGAGCAAUCAAUGCGUUUGACCGCAUUCCGGUGGUGUCCCACCAUAAAGCUGGUAUAAUAUAUAUUGGACCAGGACAAAAUGAGGAAACCGAGAUACUUGCCAAUACGUGUGGAUCUUUGGAAUAUAAUCAGUUCUUGGAAGGGCUCGGAGAGUUGAUAAGGCUAAGGACCAGUGAGUCUAUAUACGUUGGUGGAUUAGACAAGGAAAGUGGAACAGAUGGAGAAUAUGCAUAUUUUUGGAGUGAUGAACUAACUCAUCUAAUCUACCACACUACCACGUUGAUGCCCAAUUUGACUAGUGACAAAUUUUUUGCAAUGAAGAAGAGACACAUCGGAAACAAUCACGUCAACGUGUUCUUUGAUGAAUCGGGCCUUCCAUUCAAUUUUAAUGUGAUCAAAUCUCAGUUCAACUUUCUCAACAUCGUUAUUACUCCUCAUACUGUGGGCCAAAGUCACGAUAUGCGCAGGCGCCGCUUUUACAAAGUGAUAACUUACAGACGAAAUGGAGUUCCCGGGAUCUUUUCUACCACGCAUUUUAAACUAAUUUCGUUGGAGCAGUUGCCGCAUUUGGUGAGAAACCUCGUCAUCAUGAGUAAUCGAUUUUCGGAAGUUUGGCACAAUCUGGUGAACGGUACGUACACAACGAAUUGGCAAUUGAGAGUUAAACAACUCAACACCUUGCGUGAGAAAACUCUUGAAACUCACAAACAAAUACUAGAGGAGCAGAGUGCCACUGCUCAGGCGAACAUUUCCAGUAACACAGCUUUAUCUUUCUUGGAACAGCUCCAGCCGCACCGCGCGAAUGAAAAAGAGAAGAUGCAAGAUGCCAAUGAAUACGCCAGUGGGGCCAGUGGCGAAAAGGAUUUAUACUCUCUCUUAGAAUUCAAUUCUUACACAUAAUUUGCUCCGAAAUGAGAAAAAAAAUAAAGAAAUAGAAAAAACGUCUUUGGUCUUGAAUUCAUAGCGGGAUCUCCAUGUUCCGAUUGCCGGGGAGUAUAGCCCGAUGCCGCAAAGGGAUGAGUGAGAAGGGAAAUAGGGGCAGCACCCCCCUUUGUGGGAGGCGAAUGAUUUGCACAGAGUCCGGGAGCAUAAACCCGAGGGCAGUCUCGAAUCAAUCGGGAUUGUUUAUAUUCCUAUUGUGCAGGCGGAUGGCUUUGCGCGGAGAAUCUGCGCAAAUAACUUGCGAAAUGAAACGUGACGCAAUUAAAUCCGCGCCUCCACGGGGCUGCUAUCGUAAACGGCCGUCCACAAUGAAACAGCUCUUGCCUGUGUGUAGCAUGUAUAUUUGCCACCAAAAAGCAAUACUUCGCAUGUCUCCAAUACUUGCCUGCGGAAAAACUC